AGUCUGUCAGUCAGUUGGCUGUUGUGAGUCGACGCGAACGCAACGGACACAAUAAUAAAAAUUGUUUCACAAAUUCCAAUAAAAGCGAACUAAAAUUGUUUAACAAAAGUGGUGAUGUGUGUGCCUCAAAAUAAAAGCUAUUAAAAUACAAAUCAAAUCGGAAUCAUCGCUCGCCACGGUUCUCAAUUUGCAGAAUAUUGUUGUGUUUUUAUAAUAGUUGUGCCAGAAAUUAUUAUCUACUCGUAUCUUUAAUGUUUCCGAACACCCUGCAGCUGAAAUUUCGAUAGGGCUGAAGAGUAAGCCAAUUAAAAACGAACGAAACGAAAUUAGUCAUCCUUUGCCUAAUUUAUACAUAGAAUUCAAAACAGAAAAACAGACUGAAAUAAGAAAUAAAACAUGUAUUUGAAUUGUUUUAAAUUCUUUUGGCUGAUAACGGUUUUAUUAUCACUGAACGAUUGUACAGCUGUUGAAAAGAAUUGGAAGUGCAAUAAUUCCAAUCUCUGCCAAUUAGACCCAUUAAGCGAUGAAUCAAAAACUCCGAGUUUUGAAAGCCAAAAGGAUUGUAGAAUGUCAUGUGGGCGAUAUGGUGCAAUUUGGCCAAUGCCCACUCAAGAGUGUACCAUUGCUCAUGAGAGGGUCUAUUUUGAUCCAUUGAAAGUAAGAUUCAAUGUAGUUGCACCAAAUGCACAAACAUCGCAGUUCAUUCGUGAAACAAAUCGAAUAUUUGUAAGUAAUGCACUGAAAGAAUGCAUUCGAAAUUGCACAUUGGCUCAUAGCAAAGAAAUUCUGGUUAAAACAACUGUCAACUCUACAAGCUUAGAUUUAGACUGGGACACAGAUGAAUCUUAUACUUUGAACUUAAGAACUACAGAAAUGGCUACUUUUGUGGAUAUCAGAGCCAGGACUAUUUUUGGAGCCCGACAUGGUUUAGAGACAUUGAGCAAUUUAAUAACAGGUGGAUUGGGGAAUGGUUUAAUAAUGGUUGCCGGAGCUCGAAUUCGUGACCGACCAAUGUUUUCACAUCGGGGAUUAUUGCUAGAUUGCUCGAGAAAUUAUAUUCCAAUGCGAUUUAUAAAAACUACUUUAGACGCAAUGGCUGCGUCUAAACUUAAUGUCUUCCACUGGCAUGUCACAGACUCUCAGAGUUUUCCGUUGGAGAUCACAAGAAUUCCAGAGCUACAAAGGUUCGGAGCUUACACACCCGAGCAUGUUUACAGUCGCACUGAUAUACAAAACCUUAUUAAAUACGCCAAAAUCCGGGGUAUACGAGUGCUUGUUGAAAUCGAUGGACCGUCACAUGCUGGAAUGGGGUGGCAAUGGGGUCCUAUGGCAGGUUUAGGUAAUCUGACAGUCUGCAUGAACAAACAGCCAUGGCGUUCAUAUUGCUAUCAACCACCCUGUGGUCAACUUAACCCAGUAAAUGAUAACAUCUAUGGUUUGCUGAAAGAAGUUUUUGAAGAUAUCGCCGAGUUUAGCUCCCCGGAAGAAACCAUUCAUAUGGGCGGAGAUGAAGUCUUUAUUCCAUGUUGGAAUGCAACUGACGAAAUUGUACAAAAAAUGCUCAAAACAGGUUACGAUAGAAGUGAACUGAGCUUCUUGAAGUUAUGGGCUGAAUUUCAUGUGAAAAAUCUUGAAUCUUGGGACGAUGUUAAUCAGAGGCUGCAUCCAAACCUUCAAGUUCCGAAACCAGUUAUAAUAUGGUCAAGCCAUUUGACAGAUCCUUCCCUUAUAGCUGGUUUUUUACCAAAAGAAAGAUAUAUCAUUCAGACUUGGGUUGACUCUUCGACGACCUUAAAUAAGGACCUUCUCUCGAUGGGUUAUCGAAUUAUUGUUUCGACAAAAGAUGCUUGGUAUUUAGACCAUGGGUUCUGGGGCAAAACCAACUAUUAUAACUGGCAGAAAGUAUAUGGAAAUCAACUGAUUCGAGAGCCAAAUAUGCUGGGUGGAGAAGUGUGUAUGUGGAGUGAAUACGUUGAUGAAAAUUCCUUGGAUAGCCGCGUAUGGCCCCGAAGUGGAGCAGCGGCGGAGAGACUUUGGUCAAAUCCUAAGAUAUCAGCAAUGCUGGUAGAACCAAGGUUUUAUCGUUACAGGGAUAGAUUGAUUGCACGGGGUGUAAGGCCGGAUGCGGUCACACCUAAGUGGUGUGUGCUUCGUGAGGGUAAUUGUUAUUAGACGAAGGACAUGAUGCCGCAAAAACUUUCACCAGGUUUAAUGUAUCUUAAAAUUGACUUUUGUUCAACGGAAACUUGAAAAAGAAAUUUGAUCGACACGUUGGAAAAUAGUAAUGUAAAUUGUUUUAUCUGCCAUUUGAGAAGUUGAAACUUAAAAGUUAACCAACCAGUUUUGUUGGUACGUUGGUAUAUUUUCGACAAAUUACAGACGAUUUGUCAGAAUUAGUUUUUGAUUUGCGAUCUGUUUUUAAUGUAAUGCAAAUAUAUACAUAUUUAUCUAUGCAGUACAAAAAGAAGCAGCUUGAAAGUCAAAAACUUAAAAAAAUGAUAAGUUUGCUUAAUUAACUUCUUCGUUUUUUUGAAGUUAAAAAAAGAUAAAAGUUAAAAAAUUAAGCUGUCAGCUUUACACAAUUGCUCAGGUCAGUAGAAAAAUAAAACUGAAAUUAUGUUCAACUUUUCUUGAAAAAAUCAUCUUAAAAAUGCAUAAAUUUUUAUAAAAAUCUCAAUGUUGAAAAUUACUCGAAAUGCAAGAUUUUCAGUAGGUCGUCUAACUAUAGUUAUUUUUAAAAAUUAUUUUCAUUUAUUUUUAUAUUUAGUUUAGUAUAGUUUUUCUUCGGAAAGAAAGCUAAGUAAAGGCACAAAGACUAUAAUUUAACGCAAAUUACAUUUUAUAUCUAUUUACUUGAUUAAGAAUUCAUUGUAAGCCAAUAAAAGAUACAAAAACUGUCGAAAAAA